UAAGUCCACGUGUUAUUCACAACUGUCAACAUGACAGUAAUACUUUCUAAAUAAACAAAUUUUCUUGACAUCUUUAUUACACGUUUCUUAUAACAACGUUCCCUCAUUUGUACAUCUUUAUCAAAUAUGAAGUUGCACUGACAAAAUACAUCCGAAGUCGAUCCUCACCAUUCAUAUGUAGAAUGGGAUAAUAUAAUAAUUAUAAUCAUCACUAACAAAGCCACUAGUAUAUAAAGCAGCAAAUAAAUGAAAAAAAAAAUCAAUAAAAUGAAGGUCUUUUACACGGGUGUUAAUUUAUAUGGACAAUUCUCAGAUGAAAUUACCGAUGAAAUUAUUAAUGAAUUUACGGAAAUCAAUAUUAAUGAAGAUAUUAUAUUCUAUGACGUAUCGUUAACAUACAGCGUAAUUGUAACGAAAACACAAAUAGUUGUUCGAGGUUUUUUUAAUGGACGACCUUAUCAAAAUAUCAAAAUUAUCGAUUUUAAUAUAAAAUCAAUAAAGCAAAUAUCAUGUAACGAAAUUCAUAUCUUAAUUUUAAACAAAAAUGGAGAUAUUUGGCAGUUAAAGGCAUUAGAUAAUGAUAAAUUUCAUUUAAUUACGAAUUUUAUUCGAUGUGAAUCUAAAGAAAAAUAUGAGAAUGAUAUUAUUACAAAAAUUUAUUGUGGCAAAAAUAUGAAUUUAAGUGUUUCCAAAUUUGGACAUUUAUUUAACAUUCCAACUCGAUUAAAUUGUGAUAAUACUGUUACGGAUGUGGCAUGUGGACAAGAACAUGGUAUUUUGUUAUGUGAUGAUGGUCGAGUUUAUACUUGGGGAAUAGGAUCGCGUGGUCAAUUAGGUCAUGAUGAUUUAGAGAACCAAUUAGAUCCAUGUGUAGUAAAAGCGUUAUGUGGAAUUCAAAUAAAAAAAAUAGCUGCCGGUGGUUGGCAUUGUGCUGCUCUGAGUGUUGAUGGUGAUGUAUAUGUUUGGGGUUGGAAUUCAAAUGGACAAUUAGGAUUUUUUAAUGACAAUAUGGAACAAAGUGUUUGUAAUACAUCAACCAUAUGUAAUGAAGACAAAUCAGUCGAAUCGAUUUCAGUUUUAUUUACACCGCGACCUUUGACUGUUGAUAGCGUGGAUUCUAAUAUUGUUGAUAUUGCUUGUGGAAUGAGACAUACUUUAGUACUACGUGAUGAUGGAUGUUUAUACGGAACUGGAUUUAAUAAAUAUAGUCAAUUAGGAAUAACGAAUACUAAAGAAAAUCUUGGUCGGAUGACUAGAAUAAUAAAGUUUAAUAAACCAUGUGAUAAAAUUAGUAUUAACUGUGGUCCUUAUUGUUCGACGUAUUCUUUAUAUGAUUAA